CAAUCGUAAAAAGAAAUGAGUUUGAAUGUCAUGUAAUCCAAAAAAAAAAGAAAGGAAGAAAAAAAGAAAGAAAGUUAUGAUUUUUUAACGUCGUUCGCGCUUGUUGCGCCUUUAAAUCGCGGUGAUGCAAGUGAAAAGCAUAAAUUGGAGAAAAUGGCACCUGCAAAGAAGACGGAUUUAGAUAAAUUAGCAUGGUCUUGGAUUGAAGCUGUUACACCCGAAGAAAUAGAGAGAAUACAUUUAGAAACUGCUUAUAGACUAGGUCUUAAAGGUUGCAAAAGUUGCAAACGAAAUUGUACAAAUAAUCCACAAUGUCUCACUGGAUUAGGAGAAGAAAAAUAUAUCAAAUCGCAACCCACGGAGAUCGUUUCCUUGGAAAGUUCUUUGUCUGAGCUUCGUGACCCUACUCAAUAUGUCGGCCUGAAAAAUCUAGGAGCAACGUGUUACGUCAACAGUUUAAUUCAAAUGUGGUUUCACAACGAGGAUAUGAGGCGGAUAAUAUACAAGUGGAAUAUAACAGAAGAUCCUGAGGAGAGGGAGGCUUUGUAUCAAGCGAAGAAGGCAGGACUUUCUUAUCAUCCGGUAACGGCGGUUGGUCAAUUGCAAUACAUAUUUGCCAUGAUGCAAUUCGGAAACAGACGUCUACUCGAUCCAAUGAAUCUUGCCAUCGCCCUGUCUUUGGAUACUAGAACGCAACAGGACGCGCAGGAGUUCUCGAAGCUGUUGUUGUGCCAUAUUGAAGGAAAGCUACAGCAAAACUCAGAGUUGCAGCGGAUGUUGCGGAGGCUGUCACAGGGAAAAUACAGCUAUAUCAAUUGUUGCUCCACCUGCGGUACCGAGUAUCCAACAUCGACCACAUUCUACGAAUUGGACUUGCAGCUUGCAGCUACUUUGAAGGAAGCUAUAGAAAAAUAUCUCACUGAAGAACAAUUGAAUGGAGCUAAUCAGUACCAUUGUGUUACCUGUAACGACAAAAAGGAUGCUAGAAGAUUUAUACGUUUGGAAUUGCUACCAGAAACUUUGAACAUUCAAUUGAUGCGCUUCGUAUUUCAUAGGGAUUCCGGUCAAAAAAGAAAAUUGAACUCUUUCAUCCAUUUUCCGGAAGACUUGGAUAUGUCCGAGUAUGUUAGAUGUCCUCCUCAAACCCAUAUGUAUAGUCUCGUUGCAGUUUUGAGUCAUAAAGGACCUUCAGCUCAUUCGGGUCAUUACAUUGCGAAUAUAUGUAAUUCGGCUGGAGAAUGGUAUCAAUUUAGUGAUGAUAAAGUUGAAAAAAUGCAGAAUAAGAGGAUUGAGGAUAGUGGCAAUGAAUCAACAAAAAAUAUGAAACGUGGUCGUGUACCAAAAGGAUUUCUUUCAUCCAACACAGCGUAUAUGUUGGUCUAUAAGAAAUUAACUAUUGAACCAAAAUUAGGUAAUGGAAAAAAAUUAAAAGCAAAGAAGACUGAUUCAGAGUGCAAUAGUUAUAGUGAUUCCGUUAGUUUGGAAAGACUCACUGUUAAGGACAAAUCUGAUUCGUCAGAUGAAGGAAAACGUAAGAAUGGAACUGAUGAUUUUAAAGAUAUUGAAAGUCCAGGAAAAAUGAUGAAAAUAGAGGCUGAUUUCAAGAUGGAAGUGGACAGUGUUGUGACAGGGAAAAAUGAUAACUUUGAUGUUCCAAAGGACGAUAAAAGUCCGACAGAACAGGCAAAGAAAAUUGUCACAAAAAAUACAAAACUCGAUUAUAAAUUGUUAAACGGUGCUGCCCAUAGAGCAAUGAGCUGUGGAGAACGUGAUUUCUACGAAGAGAUUGAAUUUGAAAAUUGGCAAGUGAGUAAUACAAUGAGAGAACUCGUUCGUCAAGAAAAUGUUAAACACGAGUUAAGUUUAUUGGCUAUUCAGCAAGAAAAACAAAAAGAAAUAGAAGAUCAGAAUUUUAAGAGACAACUCGUAAUAGAUGUGUACGAUAUUAUUGGAAAUACAAUGUCUUGCAUAGAAUAUCAAUGGAUACCAAUUGAUUGGUUAUCAAAAUGGUUAAAUGGACAAUUGCUAACCGAUGGUGUUCCACCGAUAGAUAAUUCGGUCUUGAUGUGUCCUCAUUAUCGUUUAGAUCCAUUAAAAGUUAACCGUGCCAAAUGUUUGCCAACCUCAGCAGCUAGUCUAUUAUAUGACAAGUAUCGUGGAGGGCCACGUUUGGAUCAGAAUACUUUGUGCGAAGUUUGUGUAAGAAGACGUUGCAAAAUGCUUAGAUUCAAAAUGGUUUUAGAACGUGAUCAUAAGGAAGUUAGCGAUAUAAUACGUAAUUUUAAAGAAUCAAGCGAAACUAGUUACAUAGUCGGCGCAGAUUCUUUGAGAUCUUGGAGGAGAUUAGCUAUGGAAAAAUUUACCGAAGAUAUGGAACAGGAAAUAGAACGAGAAGAUCGUGAAAAUUCUCGAUUAACCGAGGAUGAGAAUAAAAAUGGCGAUAAAGAUAACGAUGAGUGUACGAAAGAAGUUGAAGAUGGCGAGGAGAACGAAGUUGUUUUAAACUUUAACGAAGAUUUACUUUGUGAACAUAAUCUAUUGAAAACACCGGAUUCUAGUAGGAAAAUAGUACCUCGCGAAGUUUGGACGAUAUUAAGGAAAUAUUUUCCAAAUUCGAAAGAGUAUCCAUUUGGUACCUCGUCAUGUUCGAUCUGUGAGGAGAAAAUGGAAAAUGCACAAAAGGCAAAGAAGGACGACAAGAUAAAAGCUAAACAACAAAAGGACGAGCUUAUCGAUUUGUAUUAUGCAAGAAAUAGAAAUGAAAUUUCUAAGUGUGAAGAUGCCGAGAAAGUAUUUUAUAUCGUGGAGAAAGGCUUCUUGGAUAGUUGGCGUUCUUUCAUUCGAUACGCUGAAAGUUACUCGAGGACUCCGCCAUCGUCUAUCCAAAAUGCCGUUCUAUUGUGCGAGCCGCAUAAAGGACUAUUGUAUCGGGCUUCCAUCAAUAACGAACUAUACAGUGUGGUUACUACCGAGGAAUGGUCGAAAUUAACGCAAUUUUACGAGGCCGAUCACGUUAUUAAGAUUAAAAAGAUCGGUUCGGAUUUUAAGACACAGCCAGACUCUUGUGCGUCUUGCAUGUUAGCGAGGGUGGAACAGGAAAGAUUGGAGAGUCUCAAGUAUGACAAGGCUGUUAUAUAUAUAAAAUGUGUCGACGACAGCGACGAUUCCAAGGCGGAGCUGACAACAGAGGUAGCCGCCAAGAGACCGAAGAUGGACAGUUCGAGACCAUCGAGGACAAGAAGAAAAGUUAAAGGAUCCCACGAAUUGAAGGUGUCGUCUGAGAUAACGUUGAAGGAACUUAAAGUUAUGACGAUGCAAAUUUGCGGCGCUGGACCAUAUGAUCAGCAUCUUAUGUUGGGUGAACACGAGCUUACCGAUCACAGUCAAAGUUUGGCGGCUCUUGGGAUAUUUCCAGGAGCAUUAUUGACUUUAAAGAUUGACGCACCAGUAGAAGCUGAGCCUAGCGUUGAGUCUGAUGCGACCAGUAUGGAGAUUACGUCACCGGAGAAGGGUUUCAAGGGAACCGAAUUGGUGCCAAGCUGAUCUGCGAGACCCGAUUUUUGGUAGUAGCCAAAUGCGUUUGACUGAACGGUGUAAUAAGCGGAUAGCCGAUAACGGCAUAAAAUAUUUUUGUACACGAGCUCAUAAUAUUAUGUAUAUACAUAUAUAUAUGUAUGUGCGACAAAAAAGAUAUAUAUAUAUAUAUAUACA